AUGUGUCCCCAUCCAGUCUACAAGUUCGCCUGCGACCACGUGGUGGCCUCCGCAAUGGCGCUGUGGUGCGUUCCCGCUAUUACUGCUCGCCGUGGCGAUCUCCCGCUCGCUUCGGCUCCCGGUGUCGUCCUCGAAAAGGAAGUCACAACUGUUUCCCGUCAAUGCAGUAAAUGUCUGCAGCACCAGGUCGACCAGCUCAGGUUGUCCAUCGCUCCGCGGCGCCGUGCUAGGGGCAACAUUCAAGAACUCAUGGACACUAUCGCGUCUUACACUGACGAAAUCAACGAGAACACGAAGCUGGGCUGUUAG